AUGAGAUCGUUUGAAGGCAUUGUUGGAGUUUUUGAUGAUUUCUGGAGAAUGUCAGGUUUGAGGAUUAGUGUGGAGAAGUCAACAAUCUAUCUAGCUGGUUUUUCAGACUCGAGCAGAGAGAGUAUAUCCCAGCGGUUUGCUUUUGAGUUUGGAACAUUACUGGUGAGGGGCAGAGUUAGCUCCUGGACAGAUUUUGCACUGUCAUUUGUGGGAAGAUUACAGCUCCUCUCAUCGGUUAUUGCAAGCAUCACAAAUUUCUGGUUUUCAGCUUUUCAACUACCAUCUUGCUGUGUUGCAGAAAUAGAACGUAUCUGCUCUACUUUCUUGUGGUCUGGGCCUGACCUAAACCGUCGAAAGACAAAGAUUGCUUGGAUGGAUGUAUGUAAACCUUGGGACGAGGGAGUCCUAGGUUUAAAAAGCAUUUGGGAAGAAGAUGAUGUUUGCAUAUUAAAGUUGGUGUGGAGACUCAUCACAGCAAACUCCCUUUGGGUUUGUUGGACAAAGGGUAAUCUAAUGCGUCCCGUGUCAAGGACAACUCCUGAUCCUACAAACAAUUCUCUAGGGUCUUGGAUGUGGAAGCAAGUUUUACGAUCACGCCUGCAAGCUGCAAAGUUCCUAAAAGUGGAGAUUAUGAAUGGCCGAUCAACUCUCUUCUGGCAUGACAACUGGUCCCCUAUGGGAAAGCUUCUCAGUUUUAUUGGGGCUCGAGGGCUUGUGGAUAUGGGAAUAAGGAAAGAAUCAAGGGUGGAGGAGGUUUUCCUUUCGCAUAGACGUCGCAGACAUCGUAUUGCGACUCUGAACGCUGUAGAAGAAGCAAUUGAUAAUGCCAAGAUACAAUACAGAGCAAAUGCAGAGGAUAGUUUCUUUUGGCGAACAAAGGAGGCAACAUAUAACCCUGAUUUUGAUACAAAAGCCACUUGA